UCAGCGAGUUGGAGUUUCUUGAUUUAGAAGGUAAGUUGUUCAACAACAAGAGCAUUGUAUCAUCUAUUGGCCAUCUUUCAUCUUUAAAAUCAUUGAAUUUGGCCGACACUGGAUUGGAAAGUGUAACUGAUAUUCAAGGUUAGCUCAACUUAAAAUGUUUCCUUGUUCUAAUUUUUGAGGAUUUUCCAUUUAUUUAUGUACUUAUUUUUCAAUUUUCAAGCACAAACUUGACUAACACUUUUUUAUGACUUUUGAAGGAUUAUCAAGUCUUCAAAAUUUGGAGUUUCUUGAUUUGUCAUCCAACAACUUCAACAAUAGCAUCAUACCAUUUUUACACAUCUUUCCAUCUUUAAAAUCAUUAAAUUUAGCCCGCAAUGGUUUGGAAAGUGAUAUUCAAGAUAUCAAAAUCAUUAGGAAUUUGAGCUCUCUUUUCCUUGAUGACAAUAAUGGGGAUGGAAGAAACAGCAUUCAGCUGGAAUUAUUAGGGGUAUACCCAUUUCUCAAGACCCUUUCUCUAAUGGAUAACAGCUUCAAAGGAGGAAUAUUUGCUCAAGAGAUGGGUAAUUUUUCAAGCGUGGAAGAGUUGUCCCUGGAUGAUUCCUCAUUGGAUGAAGAGUCUUUUAAGAGCCUUAGAGCAUUGCCCUCUCUUAAAUUUUUAUCUAUGCAAGGCCUCAAUGCUGACCUACCUAGUCAAGGUUUAUGCGAGUUAAAACAUCUUCAAAAGUUAGAUAUGAGCAACAAUGAUCUCAGUGGCACUUUACCUUCAUGUCUGGCAAAUUUAACAUCCCUUCAACUGUUAGAUCUAUCUUCCAAUCACUUCAUCGGAAAUAUCUCCUUAUCUCCCCUGGGGACCCUCACAUCCAUGCACACAUUAGAUCUUUCAAGCAACCUGUUCCAAAUCCCAAUCUCUCUUCUGCCAUUCUUCAACCUUUCAAAGCUCAAGCACUUGGAUUGUCAUGAGAAUGAAAUAUAUGCAGAUAUAGAUGUGCCUACUCUGACACCAAAAUUUCAACUACGGACCCUAUAUUUGUCAGGUCAAGGAGAUGGCGGAGUGUUUCCCAAGUUCUUCUACUAUCAGCAUAAAUUAGAAUAUGUUGAUAUGGGAAAUAUUAAAAUGAAGGGAGAGUUUCCACAUUGGUUGAUCAGGAACAACACAAAAUUACACACACUUUACUUGCCCAACUGUUCUCUUUCGGGGCCUCUCCAAUUGCCAAUUCAUUCCCAUGUGCAUUUUUCAGACUUAGACAUCUCUGACAACUACUUCAAUGGCUCUAUUCCAACAGAAAUUGGAGUAUGUUUUCCAAGUUUAAAUUCUCUAGACUUGUCUGGAAAUGGUCUCACCGGUGGCAUUCCUUCGUCAUUUGGCAAAAUGAGUCAACUGAAAGAAUUAGACUUGUCCAGCAAUCAUUUGUCAGGCAUAAUACCCCAAGAGUUGAUUGUUGGAUGCAGUUCGUUAUAUGAGCUCAUUCUUUCAAACAAUAGUUUGCACGGCCAAAUAUUCCCAAAACAAGCUACUUGCAAAGAAUUGAUUCUAUUAUUGUUGGAUGGCAAUCAAUUCACUGGAAGUAUCCCAUAUAGCAUAAGUAAUUGCACAAUGUUGGAAAUGUUGGACGUGAGUUAUAAUCGUCUCUUUGGUAGCAUCCCUGGUUGGAUAGGGAAUAUAACUUCUCUUGAUAUCUUGGAUCUGUCAGAGAACAGUUUCUUUGGAAACCUGCCAUCUAGCUUUGUCCCUCCAAGGAUCAGUCAAGUUUAUCUAUCAAAAAAUAGGCUACAAGGACCGUUGACGAAUGCAUUUUAUGGUUGUUCUGAAUUAACAAUAUUGGAUCUUAGUCACAACGAUUUCACUAAAAGGAUUCCAGAAUGGAUUGGCAAUUUUUCAACAUUGACCUAUCUUCUUUUGGGUUAUAAUAGACUUGAAGGUGAAAUACCAAUUCAGUUGUGCCACUUAUUCAAAUUAAGAUUGGUUGAUUUUUCUAAUAAUAAUCUUUCUGGUCCUGUUCCCCCCUGCAUAAGCCUUCUUAGGUAUCCUUAUCAACCAAACAUUUACGGGCGUUAUCCUAAAGAUUCUAUGGCUCAACCUUUGGAGGUUACAACAAAGAAUGCAUUGCGUUAUUUCCAAGGAAUCAUUCUCAGCCUCAUGUCAGGACUCGAUCUGUCCUGCAACAAUUUGACAGGUGAAAUUCCUGUUGAAAUAGGAAAUCUUGACAAAAUCCAGCUGUUAAACCUGUCCCAUAACAAGUUGACGGGAUUGAUUCCACAAUCAUUUUCAAACCUAAAGCAAAUUGAGAGCUUGGAUCUUUCCUAUAACAACUUGAAUGGCAAAAUCCCUCAACUCACUCAACUAUAUUUUCUAGCUGUCUUCAGUGUAGCGCACAACAAUUUAUCUGGCAAGACACCUGAGAUGGUUGCACAAUUUGGGACAUUCGAGAACAGUAGUUAUGAGGGAAACCCUUUCCUUUGUGGACCUCCACUAUCUAAAAGCUGCUCUUCUUCAUCAAUAAUGCCAAGAGUUUCAGAGGAGGACAGAAAAGAUCAUAAAAAAGAUGGUGGCUUUAUCGACAUGUAUGCUUUCUAUGUGAGUUUUAUGAUUUCUUAUGCCAUAAUGUUGUUGACCAUGGCAGCCGUUUUGUACAUAAAUCCAUAUUGGCGAAGAGCAUGGUUCUAUAUGAUAGAGUUGAGCCUCACCAACUUGUACUAUUUUCUGGUGGACAAUAUUCCUUUUGUGUUUAGAUGCUAUUGAAGCCUGGGUCUGCUAUGUACUUUAGAAACCAUGGGUCUGCUAUGAGUCAGCUGAGUUUGUGUUGUAGUUGUGUAAGCUGGGAAGGUUGCAGAAUAAUGAGCUGAAGCUGAUUGCAGAACAUCAUUUAUUGCUUGUUUCUGUCAGUCAGUUAGAUGAGCUAUAAACAUAGCUUGUUGACUUUGCAACUUCCUAUGUACUCUUGUGUGCUGUUCAUUUCUUGAAUGAGAAGUAGUCACUCUGCAAGCCUGCUCAA